AACAUGGGACGCCUUCAACAUUCAGUAGCUGCGCUGCUUCUUGUGCUAUCGAUUGCUGCGAUCACCGGCACCACAGAUGCACAGGAUGAACAAGGACCGGUGGUGAACAUCGAAGGCCUGGGAUCAGUUUUGGGAAUCAUGGGUCAAACUGCCUGGACUUCAAGACCCAUCUACAAGUUCUUCAACAUCAAGUAUGCAGAGGCACCGGUCGGAGAACAGCGCUUCCGAGCUCCAGUCAGUGUACUUCCCUGGUCCGGAGUCAUGAACGUUACUGCUCCUGGCAGAGAAUGCCCCCAGUCUCGUACUCUCUCGAGAGAUGAUCCAAACCCUGAGGACUGUCUGACGCUUUCCGUCUACUCCAACGAUCUUCAAGCUAACCGUCCUGUUAUGGUUUACAUCCACGGAGGUGCAUUCGUGGUCGGUUCGGCAGAGCGCUUCGGUCCGGAAUAUUUGCUCGAGAAAGACAUCGUCCUUGUCGUCAUCCAGUAUCGUUUGGGUACGCUCGGUUUUCUCUCAACUGGUACCGAACGUAUACCUGGUAAUGCCGCCAUGUACGAUGUGAGGGAGUCCCUCGAGUGGGUAUCUCGACACAUUCGUCACUUUGGAGGAAACCCACAGGACGUUACGAUCUUCGGUGAGUCCGCCGGAGGACAUGCAGUGUCUGCAAUGCUACACAGCCCUCUAGUGCGUGAGGAUCUCUUCCAUCGUGCCAUCAUUCAAUCCGGGACCACGUUUAUGCCCUGGGUCACCUGUCAGGAUCCUACCGAAGGAUCCUACGACAUCGCUAGAAUCAUUGGAUGUCCUAUGACUUCUCCCAAUGAGAUCGACAACUGUCUCAAACAGGCAUCUGUUCGGGAUCUCGUCCAGGCUCAAGACCAACACAAGAAAAAUGAGUUCAGUUCCCCAGGAUACCCGAAAGUAGCCGGAGCUUGCAUUACUAUCGGUGGACCGCUCGGAAACCAAAAUUUAAUGCCCGUUCAUCCUAAGGAGUCUACCUACUUCCGCAAUGUUCCGAUCAUCUUCGGUAUGAACUCUCAGGAGGGUCUCAUAUUUUUCAACGAAUAUUUUCAAGAUGGUCUUAACUCGCAACCAAUUGAAUUCCAAAAUGACUGGGACUUCCUCGAGUUUGUCAAAACCCUCAACGUUAAAUUCGGAUCGGCCGCAUUCGUCGAUGCAGUCGUUGGUUAUGAGCUCUUGAGCAAGACCACCUGGGAGGAAAUGGGUCGCGCCAACUUCUCCGAACUUGUUCCAUUUCUUAUUGAUAUUGCCGGUAACUUGGCACUGAAGUAUGGAUCAGUGGAGGAAGCCAACCGAUUCGCCAGAGCACAUCCGGGACAAAUCUACCUCUACAACUUCGAUUAUGUCGGUCCCCCGUCUCCUAUGACGCCCAGUUUUCCAUACGAUGUACCCAACAGCGUCGGUCAUGGUGACGAGCUGAAGUAUCUGUUUCCGAUGUCUGGCAACCUCGGCGAUGUUCAUGUGCAAAUGGCUAGAAUCAUGGUCGAUCUAUGGACAUCCUUUGCGAUUACCAGCGUGCCUGUGGCAAACAAUGUUAUUGCAUGGCCCCCCGUAUCGAGACCGUACGGGCCCUACUUACGAUUAGUAAAUCCACCGGAAAGAAAAGAAUAUUUUGUUCACGAGCUUACUAAUACCGUGGUGAAGGCCAGAGAAAGCAAUGGAGCCCUUCGAAUGCAGUUCUCUCUUUUAUCGAUGUUUCUAGCGCUUCUAGCUGCAGUUAUUCGAAGCGUUUCGCCACUUCCAAUGCAUGUGCAGUGGGUUUCUAUCGGUUUGUUAUCAGUGUGUCUGCUGCUUUUGCUUAGUGACCGUGUUAGCAGUCAGCAGAGUUCUCCGCUCGUGGUGAUUGAUGGCCUCGGCACGGUACAAGGAACACGGGGCCGUACGGCAUGGAGUGAUCGUGAAAUUUACAAGUUUUAUAACAUCCGAUAUGCGGAAGCACCGAUCGGGCAGCAGCGUUUUCGCAAUCCAGUGUCUGUGAAACCAUGGAGCGGAGUGUUUAAUGCAGUUUCACCUGGGAAACCAUGUCCCCAGCUUGGAUUGAACAGUACCAGUGAUGCUAAUGCCGAAGAUUGUCUCACACUGUCGGUGUACACACAAAAUAUAACCGCCAACCGUCCUGUAAUGGUGUUUAUUCACGGAGGUGCAUUCGUGGUGGGGGCCGCUUCCUACUACGAACCAGACUAUCUGCUCGAAAAGGACAUCGUGCUAGUUUCAGUACAGUAUCGUCUAGGACCGUUGGGUUUCCUGUCAACAGGCACAGCAAACAUUCCGGGCAACAUGGCCAUGCUGGACAUGAUAAUGGCGCUGGAGUGGGUAUCGAGUUACAUACGCUUUUUCGGCGGUGACAGCACCGCAGUCACCAUAUUCGGGGAGUCGGCCGGUGGUGCUGCAGUAUCCGCAUUGCUCUACAGUCCUUCCGUGCGAGACGAUCUGUUCCAUCGUGCCAUCAUACAAUCUGGAUCGAUAUUUUCUCCCUGGGCGACUUGCAGAUCGCCCAAGGAGGGAGCCCUCGACAUUGCUCGUCGCGUUAACUGCGAUCGGCCCGCCGAAACCAUGGAGGAUUGUUUGCGUUCCGUGCCAGCGCUAAGACUGAUGGAAGCGUACGAGGAGCAUAAGAACAUGCAAUUCAACCUCACCGGCUAUCCGGACGUUUCCGGCGCAUGCAUCGUAAUCGGCGAAGCAUCACCAUUUAUGCCAAAGCAUCCAAAAACACUGACACGCAGUGCGUUCCGGAAUGUGGAGCUAAUGGCUGGAACCACCUCGCAGGAAGGGCUCAUGUUUUGGGAAGGUGUAUACCGUUACGGACUGUCCUACAAACCAGACAACAUUCAAUCCUCGUGGGAGCUUCUGCAGCUUAUCGAUACGAUCAAUGAGCGCUUUGGUGCCAACUCGAACGAUGGAUCCCACACGUGGCAUCAAAUUUUCAGCACGUUCCUCAGCGGUGAGCUGGAUCGGGCCAACUUUACCGAGCUGCUGCCCGGACUGGUGGACAUCUGCGGUAAUCUAGCUAUUAAAGCGCCAGUGCUGCAGGACGUGACACGAUUCGCGCAUGCCAAUGCGGGCAAAGUUUAUCUGUACAGUUUCGAUUACAGUGGCACACCGUCGAUGUACAACUUUUCGGCGGGCGAUGAAUUCAACUAUCCGUACCGCAAUAAUUCAUUCCACGCGGAAGAUCUGUUCUACCUUUUCCCGCUCGGUCAGCGGCUCGAUCAGCGUGACACGGAGAUCGCCAAAACGAUGGUUGAGCUGUGGACUUCGUUUGCGAUCAGUGGUCGACCAAUGGCAGCUGGCUUGAAACAGAACUGGAAUCCCGUUUCUCAUUUUCACGGACCCUAUGUGAAAAUCAAUGAAGAAUGCGAGGAACGGCAAAACUAUUUCAACGAAUUUUCUGCCUCUACUGACAAGGCUAGGAACCAACGAUCAGCGGGAACUAUACUUCAACUUUCAAGAGUAGCUAUCGUUCUAGCAAUAAUUCACAGUGUAAUUAAACACGUUGUGCAAUAA